AUGGACGGAGAUCCUCUUGCUCACUGCAGGUUUGUACAGCUAUGCUCAAGAUACCUAGCGAUAUCAUUCAGGGCAUUUCUAUUUGUUCAGUGUUUCCCUGAACUGUGGUCUCAAAUCUCCAUCCUACCUAAGAAAGUGAUACACAUGGCUGAAUAUCUAUGCAGGAAGUUUCUGUGGUCUGGUAGGCCUGAAAAAUCAAAGACUGCUUUGAUCUCUUGGGAAAGAUUGUGCGGUCCACAAGCUUCUGGUUGUCUGGGGUUGGUUGAUGUAUCAGCUGGAAUAGGACUGCUAAUUGCAAACAUCUUUGGAGCUUGCAACUGGCCUGGCGAUGAGGAGCAGGAUCUUCAUCAAAUGAGUAAAUUCAGUGCUAAUGCUGUAUACCAGAAACUCAGAGGUGACAUACCAAAGGUAGAGUGGAGAAGACUGAUUUGCAUUAAUCAUGGCUCGCCAAAGAUAGGAUUGCUCAAUGCAACUAGCUUGGCAAGGCAUUGUGAGAAGAUCCAUGGAAUGGAAGAAGUCAUUUGGGCUACUAGAAAGGCAAAGGGCAAGUCAUUGAAUGCUAUCCUCUGCAGGAUAAUUCUUGCAUAUAUCCUGUACUUUGUAUGGCAAGAGAGGAACCUUAGGCUCUUCGAGCAGAAACGGAGAGAACCAGGGGUGUUGUUGAGGCAAAUUACACAGGAAGUUCAUAGCAGAGGAUCAAUUCUUCCUAAGACAUUGAUUGUUCAUUCUAGCAUACUUGCCAACUUGUUGAGGUCUACUUCUGGUUCAGUCAUUAUUGGAGAAGACAUUUUCCUUGAGUGGCAUGUUGAUGAAGACCAUAACAUCAAACCAGUAUCUGUGGAUCAACCAGUGAUAACUAUCAAUGGUAAGUUUCCUGGACCUCUACUGAAUGGGACCACCAAUGAUAAUAUUCAUGUCAAUGUGUUCAACGAUAUGGAUAAAUAUCCUGUUCUCAUUACAUGGAAUGGGAUCCAACAAAGGCACAACUCGUGGCAAGAUGGAGUUUCAGGAACCAACUGUGCAAUCCAGCCCAAUACUAAUUGGACUUAUGAGUUUCAAUUGAAAGACCAAAUUGGAAGCUUCUUCUAUUUCCCAUCCAUAAAUUACGAAAAGGCCGGUGGAGCAUUCGGCCCAAUUCGAGUUGAUAAUCGGGUCGAGGUCCAAACCCCAUUUGCAGAUCCAGAUGGUGAUUUUGAUCUUCUCAUUGGUGAUUGGUAUGAAGAUAGCUACAAGGUUAUUGGAGACAAAUUGGCACAUGAAGGCUACAAUAAAACUCCAAACAUGAUGCUUAUGAAUGGGAAAGGCUCAUAUUUGGACUCAAAAGCAAAAACCAAUAUAUCCUUUACGGUAAAUCAUGAAAAGACGUAUAGAUUGAGGAUUUCAAACGUGGGAAGUGAAUGGAGUUUCAAUUUUCGAAUCCAAAAUCAUAGCAUGCUAUUGGUCGAGACCGAAGGCUCGUACACCAAUCAAAUUUGGUUAAGUUCUCUCGACGUCCACGUGGGCCAAUCAUAUUCUGUUCUUGUCACAGCUGAUCAAGAUGCUGCUGAUUAUUACAUAGUUGCAACUGCAAAAAUGGCUAAUUCUACUCAGCUCAAAACACUAGAGGUUGUUGGUGUGUUGCACUAUGAGAACUCUACCAAACCUGUUGACGGGCCUAUUCCAAAUGGGCCUGAAUCAUUUGAUGUGAAAUUCUCCAUCAAUCAAGCUAGAUCCAUCAGGUGGAAUUUGACAACAGGAGCAGCAAGGCCUAAUCCACAAGGGUCAUUUAACGUAUCAAAUGUGACAUUGUCACAAACUUUUGUUCUACAAAAUUCAGUGAACUAUAAGAAUGGCACGAUAAAUUAUGCCAUUAACAAUGUCUCCUAUGCCACACCACAAACACCAUUAAAACUGGCGGAUUAUUACCUCAAUGGCUCCGGAGUUUACGAACUCGAUAAAUUUUCGGGGAACAGUAGCCUACCGGAGACUGUUUAUGGAACAUUUGUUGUGUCUGGAGAACAUAGAGGGUGGCUAGAAAUUGUCUUUAAGAAUGAGUUACAAGUCAUGGAUUCUUGGCAUUUGGAUGGAUUUGGCUUCUUUGUUGUCGGGUACGGUUUUGGAAAUUGGACUCCUGAAUCGCGAUAUACGUAUAAUCUUUAUGAUCCUGUUGUUCGUUCUACUGUUCAGGUGUACCCAAAAGGAUGGACAGCAGUAUAUGUAUAUCUGGACAAUCCAGGAAUGUGGAAUUUAAGGUCACAAAAUUUGAAACAUUGGUUCUUAGGACAAGAGCUUUACAUCAGAGUUUAUGACCCUGAUCCAAAUCCAGCCAAAGAACACCUUCCCCCUAAAAAUCUACUCUAUUGUGGUUAG